AUGCCUCAGAUGUUUGAAGAGGGUUCUGAAGGCUGUGGAGUUAAUGGAGUUCAGGAAGAGGCGGGCUGCAGAGCCCAGUGGCUAGCUCACAGCGGCAUCUUGCUGGUGGUCCUGGGCCACUUGACCUUGGUGCUGGGGGCCAUCGUCCACGGUGCCCUCCUGUGCCAUGUGGCCCGGCCCGCACACACCAUCACAUCAGAGUACGCCGUGGCUAAUGUCAUUGCGGUGGCUUCUGGGCUCUUGAGCAUUGCUGCUGGCGUCCUGGCGAUCCUGGUGUCCCGGAGCUUCUCCCACCGUUACCUGCCUUGGAUCCUGGUUGUCAUCGCCCUGGCAAAUGUCCUGAUCUCAGGAGCCUGCUGCGUGGGGCUGGCACUUGCCAUCUCCCUCACUGUUGUCAACGGUGACCAUCAUCUCUUUACCGGUUGCAACAGUUCUGCCCUUCCAGCUGAUGCCCGCACUGUGAUAACAAACGAGUGCCCUUUUGACACUACCUGCAUCUAUGACACAGCCCUGGUCGUCUGGCUUCCUUCCUUGUUGAUGGCAGUAGUGGAAGCCGGUUUGUCUGCCUGGUGUUGCACAGCCUCUCUCUCUCUCUGUGGAAAU